UUUGGGCCUUAUUUUUUUUUUUUUUUUUUUUUUUGGCCGUACAUGCGGCACGUGGGAUCUUAGUUCCCCGACCAAGGAUUGAACCUGUGACCCUUGCAUUGGAAGCAUGGAGUCUUAAACACUGGACCGCCAGGGAAGUCCCUGGGUCUUAUUCUUUUAAUUACUUUUCUUCCACUUUAUUCUUUAUUCCUUUGAACAGCAGUUUCUUAUUUUAAAAUUUAAUGCAAUUUAAAAAAAACUGUUAACAUCAACACACAUUUUAAAAUUGAGGUGAUACUCAUUCUCCUGUCUCCCCUUUAUGCAUAUCCACACAGAGAGCCCUCUCUCAGUUCAGGCAGCCUCAGCAGCCUCCGCUCCUGUGCCCAAGAGUCCCCAGAACCUUCCUUCCGAGCUGCCUGACUGGGAUCUUGCUGCACAUCCCCACUUUGAAUGCCAUGGGCACACUGUCCUUGGGCUCGGGUUUGUAGCUGGGAGCAAGUCACCAUCUCCUCAGUGCCGUCCUCUGUUUCCUGUUGUUGGUUGCAAUUUCGUUUCCUCUAGAUUUUUCUUGCUUCCUUUGAUUUCAGCCGAGGCAGAGAAGGCUGUGCUUUCCGCCUUCUUUCAGUUUGACUAUUUCCUGGGAAACUUGGCUCUGAGGGCAGGGUCCCUCACUCUCCUGCCCACCUCAGGGUGAUGUGUGCAGGCUGCAUUCUCUCCACUGCCUCGGAACUUUCAGCUCUGCACUCCAUUCUGGGGAUACGUGGUGUGGGUGUUGAAAUACCAAUGCACGUGGUCUCAGGAGCCGGCCCUGAGCACUUCUAGGGAAAAUUCCUGUCCUCUGGCUGGAAGUCUCUGACCCUCCAGCUAGUGUGUGGCCAGGAUGCUGCGUCCACUCGUGGAGGGCCUGGUUGGGCCCUCAGCUCACAGCUCUCACGGCAGAGAGGAGGCAGCAAGAGGAAAUGGUGUGCAGAGUUCCAGGGGCCAAACAAAAUAAAAACAUCUGCAGGCCCCACAUGUGGGCUUUUGGCAGCGUGACCUCUGGUUUCCUUCCAGUCUGCCUACUUUGCAUUGGCAUGGAGGUACUUACAUUUGUUCUGACCUCAAAACUGAAGGGCUGCUUCCUUCUCUCUCCGUUCUGAUGAGAAUGGUGAUGUCAGACCUUUUUUAUUCUUUAAGUUUUUUUUUUUAAGUAAUCAAUUUAUUUAUUUAUUUUUGGCCAUAUUGGGUCUUUGUUGUUGUGUGCAGGCUUUUCUCUAGUUGCAGCAAACAGGGGCUACUCUUCGUUGCAGUGCGUGGGCUUCUCACUGCGGUGGCUUCGCUUGUUGCAGAGCACAGGCUCUAGGCACGCGGGCUUCAGUAGUUGUGGCAUGUGGGCUCAGUAGUUGUGGCUCAUGGACUCUAGAGCACAGGCUCAGUAGUUGUGGCGCAUGGGCUUAGUUGUUCCGUGGCAUGUGGAAUCUUCCCGGACCAGGGCUCGAACCCGUAUCCCCUGCAUUGGCAGGCACAUUCUUAACCACUGCGCCACCAGGGAAGUCCGUCAGACUCUUAUAUUGCUAUUGGAGUCAUUUGGGGAAGUGAAAUUUAUCAGCUAAAUUUGCGCCCCGCCCCACCCCACACAUGAGACCAAAUUCUACUUGGGAUUAAAUGUGCUCCUGGGCAGGUUCCUUCCUCCGUCUGUGGGGCCAUGGCCUUUAGGGUGACUCUUUCUCCCCACUGAGGGUUCCUGUAGCAGACAUCCCACGAAGUGCUUGGCUGUGCCCUGAAAGAGGAUGGGUGACCCUGGCCUGGGCAGGCCGUGGUUUUUGACAGCUGCCUGUCUGAGUAUUCUUAGAAAGUCCCUGAGAAGGCAAACUGGUUUGGCUAGUUGUGAAAGAUUGAAGAAAACUAUCCAUGGACACCCUUCUGCAUGGCUGGCUGGGGCUUCUACCUUUAACUGCUUGUGGUGACUGCAGCCCAAUUCUAACUGCUAGAAGCAAAAAGGAUCAGAAACCACCAGUGGUCUCUGGUUAUGUCUUUGGUACCAAACAAGAUGGCUCAGUUGUGUGAACUUCCACAGUCCCCCAGGCCCAGCCUGCAGCAUGAGCUGCCCUUCAUCUUGGCUCUGUCUUGGCAUAGUCUCAGAAAUGGACAGGCCCCACCGCUUGGAAAGGAGCCCUAGACAGGAAGAGAUGGGAAUCUCUCGGACCCUGUGGGCCAGCAACCCUCCCACACUUCCUGAGCCACCUCCUGCUGCCUGCAGGCCUUUCUCUUGGCCUCUGCCUUCUCCUGGCCCAGAGCUUGCGCUGCAGCCAGAGAAGGUGGCCCAGGAGGAGAGUGCUCACUGCAUCCUCGUGCCUCGGGCCUGGGGAAAUACAGUCUCUGUCAACGGAGCCCCCAACACAUGUUGUCUGCUGGGCCCAUGGGCAUCAGGCAGGUGGGGGUCAAGGAGAUGGACAGACCUGGAGACAGUGCAGGCCAUGGUGCGGAAAUUCCUAGAAAGGCUGUCGCAGCUUGAACAAAUAACCUUUUUAAACUGUCCACGCUCCGAGGAACGGGUCGGUGGUUUUCUAGCGUUUGAGUUUGCGAUAUUUCUGUUUGGUCCCUCCCUGGAAAUAACCAUAGCUCUGCUCACUCCGCUCUGGCCAGUGCGUAGGCAUCGCUGGAGAAUGAACUUUGCCAGUUUGGGGAAAUAAACACUGGUGGAUUUUUUAUUGGUGUUUUGUGUGUGUUUUUGUGGUGUCUUGUUUGCUGCUUAUGGGCUGGUCCACUUCUUACCUGCUCCUCCUUUGCCCUGCAUGGCCUACUUUUGAGUGGACUUUUCAAACCCCAUUUUCAGAAGAUAUACAGCUAUGUCAGAUAGUCAACUGCCCCUAGAAGUCGUGGCCCCCUCGAGGCCACUCUGACCCGGGCUCUGCCCGAGGAGGGUGGCCGGGCCUCGCCGCCACCUCGGAGUGCUCAGUUGUGCGCAGCAGAUGCUCUGGCACCAUGUCUGUGGUCCUGUCAACCGCCCGCCUGGGUUUCUGUGGCCCUGGUCAGCCUGCUGCCCGCUCAUGGGUUGGGUGGGGCCUGCAGAGGACCUGUCCCUCCCUACCUGUCUGCGGUUGCGUGACCUGUACCUGUGGAUACUUGGCUUGGGAAAUGAGGGUCGUAAAACCAACCUUUCUAACACCCAGGAUUCUCUGCACCCCCUACCCCUCAUUUAUCCAGCAAAUGCUCAUCACCCCCUGGCGGAUGGCCUGGCUCUGGGGAGGGCUGGGUUGAGGUCAUCACCCUCAGCUUGAACAGCACGAUUUGCUGCGUGCUUCCCCGCUCUGCCUGCCGGGCAGGAGGCUUUGGACUGUAGGUGGUGAGUAUGGGAGUGGGGCUGGGGUCCCACACUCAACGAGGCGGGCUAAGAGUCAGUUCUGUGUGCACAGCGGCCAUGGAGCCGUGAGCGAGGCCAUGGCCCCAGGAGGACGAGCUGAGCCAGCGUCUCCGGGGAGACUGGAGAGCCCCUCCUGACACCAGUCCUGGCUCCGCACCUGGUGGGAGUGCCGGCUCCUGGCCCCCGUGAGGCCUGGCCCGUGAGCCGCAGCGAGCCUAUCACAGAUGGAGAGGGAAGGCCCGACCCAGGAGCGUGGGGAAGGGACGCACCUUCUCAGAGACCACCCCGCACACUCCUCCCAGCCUCUCGGGGCAGGUCUGGUGCUGUGGUUCCGGCCCAGAGGGGCAGGAGGGCAGUCCCCGGCUUGCCAGGCAAGAGGCUGAGGGCCGGGGGGCUGCCAGGUAUUUGUAUCUGUGACUCGGGAUUAGAGGUUACUGAGGGAUGGACACUUGAAAUGGUGGGUGGGGUGUGUGUGGGGCUGGCCCAGGUGAGGAAAGGGUGAGAACGGGGCUGGAACCACAGGCCGUCUCAGCACAAGCAGCAACUUGGGGGCAGCCCUGUGAGGGUGUCGUUCUAGGAACCAGUUGAGUCUUUCUGGGUGACGAGGUGCCACCUCCCGACUUGACCUCUGGCUUCCUGGAGCAACAUUAGCUUCCUCUGUCCAGAAUGCAGCGUUGCACGCCUACGGAAAAGCAGGGAAGAUGCUGGUGGAGACCAGCAUGAUUGGGCUGAUGCUGGGAACCUGCAUCGCCUUCUACGUUGUGAUUGGCGACUUGGGGUCCAACUUCUUUGCUCGGCUGUUUGGGUUUCAGGUCACGGGCACCUUCCGCAUGCUCCUGCUCUUCGCAGUGUCCCUGUGCAUCGUGCUGCCACUCAGCCUGCAGAGGAACAUGAUGGCCUCCAUCCAGUCCUUCAGCGCCAUGGCCCUCAUCUUCUACACCGUGUUCAUGUUCGUGAUCAUGCUCUCCUCCCUCAAGCACGGCCUCUUUGGUGGGCAGUGGCUGCGGCGAGUCAGCUACAUCCGCUGGGAGGGUGUCUUCCGCUGCAUCCCCAUCUUUGGCAUGUCCUUUGCCUGCCAGUCCCAGGUCCUGCCCACCUAUGACAGCCUGGAUGAGCCAUCAGUGAAAGCCAUGAGCUCCAUCUUCGCCUCCUCCCUCAAUGUGGUCACCACCUUCUAUGUCAUGGUGGGCUUCUUCGGCUAUGUGAGCUUCACCGAGGCCACCGCGGGCAACGUGCUCAUGCAUUUCCCUUCCAACCUGGUGACCGAGAUGAUCCGUGUGGGCUUCAUGAUGUCCGUGGCCGUAGGCUUCCCCAUGAUGAUCCUGCCCUGCAGACAGGCCUUGAACACGCUGCUUUUCGAGCAGCAGCAAAAAGAUGGGACCUUUGCCGCUGGAGGCUACAUGCCGCCCCUGCGGUUUAAAGCCCUCACCCUCUCGGUUGUGUUUGGAACCAUGGUCGGUGGAAUCAUGAUCCCAAAUGUGGAGACAAUCCUGGGCCUCACGGGCGCCACGAUGGGAAGCCUCAUCUGCUUCAUCUGCCCGGCGCUGAUCUACAAGAAGAUCCACAAGAACUCCCUCUCUUCCCAGGUGGUGCUCUGGGUCGGCCUGGGCAUCCUGGUGGUCAGCACACACACCACCCUGUCCGUGAGCCAGGAGGCCCCUGUGGACUUGGCAAAGGAAGCCCCAGGCAGCAGACUUGGAGAGGCUGAGGGCGCGAUGAAGGCAGAGGCAGCCCAGCUCCCAGGUACGCGGCUCCCAGGUACGCGGCUCUCAGGCCAGAAUCCAAUUGUGGACGUGGCCGAGGACAGCCGAGAUAAGCCGAAGCUACCAAAUGAGAAAGAUGAGAUGGAGCAGGCCCAGAUUAAGGGCCCCGUGAAUGUGCCCCCAAGGGAAGGCGCCAAGGAGAAGCAGGAGGAGGCACAGCUGGAUCGCCCUGGUCAAGGAGUUGCGGUACCUCUGGGCGAGGCCCACCGCCAUGAACCCCCAGUCCCUCACGACAAGGUGGUGGUGGACGAAGGUCAAGACCCAGAAGGACUGCAGAAGGAGCAUCCGUCCAAACGUGUGGAUGAAAGGGCCCUGGGGGGCAAGGGUCAGAUGGUGCUACCACUGCUGGAUUCAGAACGAGAGAGACCCAGACAGGACCAGGCUUUGGAGGCAGCGGGUGGUCUUCCUAAAGAUCCCCAGAAGGUUCCAGAAGAAAAUGGUCAGCCAGCCGUUGAGCCCCUGAAGGAGGACCUGGGGCUGGUCGACAGGGGUGCGCAUCCAGGGCCCCAGGCAGUGCUCCCUGAGGAGCAGGACGUCCUGAUGGCAGGUGCAGGGGCCAUAGCAGACGGUGCCCUGCUGCCCGGCCAUGCCGUGGGGGCCAUGGGCAAGCUGGUGGAGAAGAACGAGCACGGUGGGAAGGCUCCCCACCCGGAGGAGAAGCCAGGCCCAGGGGCAGUGCCGCAGGCAGAGCCUCGAGAGCAGAGGACCUUGGAGGGACAGGGCGGGGACCACGCCGGGGACCACGCGGGCAGCAAGCUGGAGGCUGAAAUCAGAAAGAUGGUGGCAGAAGCUGGCCGGGCGGAGAUGCUGGACCAUGCCGUUCUGUUGCAAGUGAUUAAGGAACAGCAGGUGCAGCAGAAGCGCCUCCUGGACCAGCAGGAGAAGCUGCUUGCAGUGAUCGAAGAGCAGCAUAAGGAGAUCCACCAGCAGAGGCAGGACGGCCAGGACGGCGAGGACGCGGACGUGCAGCCUGAGCUGGGGGUGGCCGGGCCCAGAGGUAAGGAGCAGGAGGCCCACGCCGUGGGGAUGGCAGAGCGUCCCCCACCACAGCCUUUGGGAGCUGUGCUCGGUGCUCCUGGGCGUCCCCCCGCUCCUCCCCAGGGGCACAGCCAACACUCUGUGGAGAAGCCCGAGGGGGCCUUGGGUAGAGCCCCAGCUGCGCCUCCUGGCGGCGCUGACCUGCAGCCCCGGGCAGCCCAGGCUGAGCCGAGGGAAGGCCGGCGGGGCGCUGUGCCCGAGGGCGUGGACGCUGGCCUGCAGGAGCGGGUCCCUGUGCUGGACCCUGCCAGGGCACCCGGGAGCCCCGAGCAGCACGGCGCUGGAGGCGUCGCCCGGCAGAGUCGGAAUGUUUUUGGUGGAGGCUCCCACGAAAGGAAGAAAUCUGGAAAGGACGAGGCAGCCGCUGGCACAGACGCUCAGGAGGCAGAUGUGCUGGGGGCGGGGGCAGCAGCUGGGGGCCCUCAGGUAAAGUCCCAGCAAGCAAGCCAAGACCGGGCACCCGGAGGCCUGUCCAGCAGGUCGGGGGGAGCAGCCCCUCGGGCCCAAGCCGUGUUACAUCAGCCGGAACAACAGGCUGUCUCUGCCGGAGGGCAGGGCGGGCAGCAGGGCGGUCAUGAGGAGGCGAGGAAGGAGCACGUGCCCGCUCCCAGGGAGGACGCCGCCAUCCAAGAGCCCGAGCAGAGGCUGGACCCUGAGCUCGGGCCCAAACCAGCCAUGCUGGGGGAUCAGAAGCCAGACAAUGCCAAACCCAACCGGGACCUGAAAGUCCAGGCCGGCUCUGACCUUCGGAGGAGACGGCGGGACGUGGCUCCUCGUGCAGAGGCGGGGCCAGCCCCAAAGGACAGGGUCAUCAUCAGCUUCAACCCCCUGCCUGACGUGCAGGUCAGUGACCUCCGCAGCGCCCUGGAGACCCAGCUGCACCAGGCCGCGGGGGGCGCCCUGCGAGUGGUCCCAGGCCGACAGAUCAAACAGCUGCUCGGGGCCCUGGAGGAGCCCUGAGCCCCGUUAAGGCCACAGUGCUCCCUGUCAGCCGGCGAACCUGGACCACGGUGGGCGCGAAGUCCUGGAAGUCAGGCCCAGGGUGGAGUGUGACAGCUCUCCAGCUGCACCCUGCUUCCAAACCAGCUUUGCCAUCCCUCUCUCCUCUUACACUUCCCGCUGACUCAGCUCCCUGAGGCCACCGGGAGAAAAAGUGGCCUCAAGAAGAAAUAGCCGCUUGCUGAGACCCAGGAAACGUGACUGGCCACCAGCCACACGGCUAUUGUUACCCUGAACUUUCUUUAUUGAUGUUCUCUGUGAGUGUCAUACAAAACCUAAGGAAAUGCUUCUGCCUUCACCCUUCUUCACAGCAAAUGCUGCUUCAAAUCUCAGAGGCUGGGCAGGCCUGUGAGUCCAACUGCUUCUGCCCUAGAGCUCUGCUCUGCAUACUCUGGUCUCCCAGUCGAGUGGUUGUGAGAUUUAAAAAGUAAAACACACCGCUGACGUCUGGUUAGUGCGGUUGGUGUGGAGGUGAAUCACCCAGAGGACCCCGUACCACAGACAUAAGCCAUGACCAUCAAACCCCACAGUGACACGUGCUCGGAGCCUCAGCUGGGUGCCAGACCCGCAGGUGUCGGGGGUGGGAGUACACGGCCAGCAGAGGCUGCUUCUCACUUCUUCCGGGGCAGCUUCUCCCGAGUCUGCACCUCUGGCACCUGCUCAUCUGUUGAGAGGGUUGUGGUUUGAGAGGGUUGUGGUUUCGUGCUGUACUUUGUUCUCAAGGGGCAGAAAGGCCGAUGGUCACGCCCGACCCCUGAGGCUGGUCAGCAGGUGACCCGGCAAGUAUGCCAUGCCGUCCCGCUGCAAGCCCGGGGCCUUCACCUGCUUUGUGCUGUGUGUGCCUCGCUGCCCUCUGGGGCUAGGGGCAGCUCCAGACCCUGCCCCGAGGGGUCCAUGAGUGGGCCACUUGCUGACCACUGGCCAGGGGUGCCCAGGGCAUGUGGCAGCUCCAGCCUCGGCCUCAGGUCACACUCUUCCCCUGCGCCUUCUGAAAUUUCUGUGUCAUCUUGAAGACUAGAAAUGAGUAAUAAAAGGAGUGGAAUCUUC